AUGAAGCUAAUCCUCUCCACCUCGAAUCUUAUGGAGUCCGGGGGUCACACCGUAAUCCGGCAAGCCUCGACGGAAAAAUCCAACGUGGAGCUGAUCAACUCGCUGCGGUCAAAUUUCCAGACGGCGCAACAAUUAUCUUCGGCCGAGACGACAACGACCCCGCGGUAUCGGGCUUGGACCCGGGAGACCGAAGACGGCCUCUACAUACCGGCGAUUGACUUCGCGCAGCGUGGGCUGGCAGAGGAGAAGGCGCAGUACGAUAUUACGGUUAAAUUGUUCUAUUUACCGGGAAUUCCGGCGUCGCGACGAUGUGCGCAUACGAGGGAGGCAAUUGAUUUGGUCUUGAAGGAACUACAUGUGGAUUCUAUUGAUCUAUUGAUUGUUUCUUUCCCUGGGAUUUUGUUCGACGCGGAGGAUGAUAGUGAAGAGGAGGUGGCGUCGGAUACCGGGAGUGAGGAGCCAGAUGAUUUUGACAGCAUGAUUCGCACGUGGAGGGUGCUCGAGGAUCUCAAGGAGCAGGGUAUGAUUUCUCAGCUAGGCGUGGCGGAGUUUGGCAGUGAGAGACUCGCCCGGUUCCUGCCGCAUACGAAGGUCAAGCCCUCCGUCGACCAGAUCAACCUCAAGGACUGCUGUGUCGUGCCGAAAUCGUUGAUUCUCUAUGCGAAAUCUGAGAAUAUCCAGCUCCUCACCCACAACGACUGCAUGGACAUCCUGCCCAUCGGUACCACACGGGAACUCCUUGGUCCGGGCGAGAAGGGUGCCGGCAUUCUUGCUUCCGCUCCAGAUGCGGACGAUGGAAUUCAGGGUGAUGUCGAGCCGCAGUGGGUGGUCAAGUAUACGGCUGUUGUCAAGGACCGCGGCGUUGUCGAGAACAAGGGCUAUUUCGCACUGGCCGAUAUGGGAACCUGCGUCAAGGCUCGUGAAGAAUGA